UGCCAUUUUAGAAAUUGCAUUUAAAGACAUUGAGCACGGGUUGAAUGAGACUAAAUACUCUAUGAAAAUGAAGUGGAGCCUUAAGAAUUAAAAGGGCUGUUAAUUUUACUCCUUUUUCCGUCCCGUGUUGCAACUGAGAAAAAUAGUUAUUGGUGAGUUUAAAAACGUACAUAAUUUAAGAGGCAGAACACAAGCCAAAAGUAAGUUUGGUUUAUUAUGACAUAUGUUAUGUGAAUCCAUCGACUGAUAAGCAUAAUAAAAGUACAAUCGUGAUUUUAUAGACGUCAUCUACAAAUAUUCCGACCAGCCGGCUGGAAGAUGGGAUCCAUUUUCUCGAAAUGGCAGACAACACCAUCAGAUCAGGCAGACAUUUACGCAAAUAACUGCAAAAUGCAGAAUAAAAAAGCCCGCAGGAAAUUGCGGGCCGCCCUGGAUUGCACAAUUUGCCUGGAUUCUCCUGCCUCACCGAUUAAUCGGUGUCAAAAUGGGCACAUAGUUUGUGGAAUUUGCGCCGGAAAGGUGGGGGAAUGCGGCGUUUGUAAAACUAAGUUGCAAGUUUCCGUCAUGGCGGAACGAUUGUCACGGCAGCUCGACCUGAAAUGCAACUGCCCUUAUUUUGAGUCCGGUUGUGUGAACCCGGUGGCUGCGGCGGAUGUGAAGGAUCACCUGGCCAAAUGCUACUUCAGGGACGUCACGUGCGAAUUCGCAAUGAAACAAUCUGACUGGGAAGACGUGGAAACUAUCCUUCACGCAGUGGUCGGACUCCUCAUCGAUACAAACCACGAUCCAGCUAAGCGACGUGAAGCAUUGGACGAUUAUUGCGGCAGAUAUGGAGGCAAGAUUCCAAUCAGCCUUCGUGAUUAUCCUGCUCACUUGAGAAACGUUCAUCAAAUAGAGUUCCACGAAAUUGUGGAUGGGAAAUGGAUAAGUAUGGAUUAUCUGACUGAAAUGGAUGGAGCUCGGUUUGAAGCAUCACCGACACCACAUGUGAAUGAAGUCAUGCAGAAAAACGGUCACAUUUUUCUCUUCCAUUCCUGCAACGAUGCCGAGCUGGAAAGAAACUGGGUGACGAUCCUCGGAGAUGCGAAGGAAGCCGAGAAAUACGCAUUUCAAGUAGAAAUUAGCAGCCUGGCGAAUUCUGGAAGCAACAUGGAACAAUCCUUCACAAUUCCCGUGUUGGCGUAUCAUGACCACACAAAGUUAAGCAUGGCGGAAAUAACGAAGAACUCCGUGGUCAUCCCGGCCUGUCAUUAUGCGCAAUUUGGAAUAACAAUGGAUUCAGAACCUAAUAAUUGUUUGUGGCUGCAUUUUGAAUUUACAAUAGUUGAGAAACCUUAAAAAAUGGAAAUGUUAAGAAAGAAAUGCAAAUCUUUUUACAUAGUUGCAGGUAAAUAAAAUACACUUAAAAAUCCGGUAGAGUGACAUCUUGACUCCGUACUGGUAUUGAUUUUGUAAUAAUUUCCACCCGAACUGGCAGUUGUUUGUUUUCGAGUUGUAAAUUUUUCAUUAUCACAACACUUAUCACGGCUGUUUAAUCAGCAAUAAAAUUAAUUUAUUCUUGGUUACAGCAGGUGUACACCUGAUUACAUGUAAUUAUUAAUUAUAAUUACGUCACAAAAAUGAAGUUGAUUUUUGAUUAAUUAAUUAAUUACUAAUUCAUUAUCUUUUAUCAAAUUAAUUAAACGAAAUUUCCUGAUAACCCUUCGACCACAAAAUUCAUGGUUUAGAGGUUGGCUUUUUUGCAAGUUUUAUGGAUGCAGAAACCUUUUCAGUGUUGUGAGUCACUCACCUAGGGGACCCUUUGAUGAGGGCAUCAAGCUCGGAGAGGGACAUGUAGCAUGAUAAUAUUACGAAUACAUUCGGUCACGCACGGUUUUCCCUGCCCAAAGAAGAGUAUUUCUUGGGAGUCCCAAUUUAGGACGCAAUAUUUAA